GUGGGGAAUGGGGAGGAGGAGGAGGAGGGGGCCUGUUUGCAGGCCUCAGGGCGGCAUCCAGUUUUGUAAAAGAACCCCCAUGGAGGCCGCCAGCUGUAGACAAAACAGUCUCCAUCUCUUGACGGUAUUUGAGACCUUGCACAAAAAACUCUCCUUGUCUCGGUUUAGCGGAUUCUUAAAACUGGGAGACCACAACCUUGCUGGGUUGUUGCAAACAGACAUAAAUAUCAAAAACCGCAAACCAUGUGGUACGCAAGAAAGAGGCGCGGUGUGCUUGCGUGCUGGGAUAGGCACUGGAGUCCCGACCUACGACAAAGUAACUCCAAACUCCCCGGCCCGGGACCCAACUUCUGGGUGGACUGCGUAGACCCCUCCUCUCGCAGCUUGCUCCCGGAGCCCCGCCUGCGUUUUCCCGGGCGGCUCCGCCCCGGCGGUCCGGAAGCGGGGCGGUCCGGGGGCCCAGAUUCCCCCGGGACGCUUCCCAACCUGCGGAAUCGGCUGAACAGGAGCCACCGUGCAUUCGAGACAAUGGAUAAAUACGAUGUGAUUAAGGCCAUUGGGGAAGGUGCCUUUGGGAAAGCAUUCUUGGCUAAAAGGACAUCGGAUAGCAAGCACUGUGUUAUAAAGGAGAUCGAUUUUGCAAAGAUGCCCCCCCAAGAAAAAGAAGCAUCAACGAAAGAAGUCGUUCUCCUGGCAAAGAUGAAGCAUCCCAACAUCGUAACCUUCUUCAGUUCGUUUCAAGAGAACAAUAGGCUGUUUAUUGUGAUGGAGUAUUGUGACGGAGGGGAUCUCAUGAAAAGGAUCCAUAGACAACGGGGAGUGUUAUUUAGCGAAGAUCAGAUUCUGAGUUGGUUUGUACAGAUUUCUCUAGGACUAAAAUAUAUUCAUGACAGGAAGAUCUUACACAGGGACAUAAAAGCACAGAACAUUUUUCUUAGCAAGAAUGGAAUGGUUGCAAAGCUUGGGGACUUUGGGAUAGCAAGAGUUCUGAACAAUUCCAUGGAACUUGCUAGAACUUGUAUUGGAACACCUUACUACCUGUCCCCAGAGAUCUGUCAGAAUAAACCCUACAACAAUAAAACGGAUAUUUGGUCUCUUGGCUGUGUCUUAUAUGAGCUUUGCACACUCAAGCAUCCGUUUGAGGGUAACAACUUACACCAGCUGGUUCUGAAGAUUUGUCAAGCACAUUUUGCCCCAAUAUCCCCGAGGUUUUCCCAUGACCUGCAGGCCUUGAUAUCUCAGCUCUUCGAAGUAUCUCCCCGAGAUCGGCCAUCUAUUAAUUCCAUUUUGAAAAGGCCAUUUUUAGAGAAUCUUAUUGCCAGAUACUUGACUCCUGAGGUCAUGCACGAGGAAUUCAAUCACAGCAUCACUCAUAAAGCAAGAUCUUUGGCUUCUCAACCUCCAGGGAAGAGGAUCCAAGAUUCUAAAAUACAGAAAGCGAGAUUCCAGGCAAAGUGCCUACCAAGAUCAAGGAUAUCAGUGCCUGUUAAGAGGAAGGAAAUAUUACAUAGAAAUGAAUGGAGACCACCAGCUGGAGCCCAGAAGCCCAUAGCCAUAAAAAUGGUAGAAAGGCCCAAACUUCCUGCACUCUGUGGUCAUUAUGAUUAUUAUUAUGCUCAACUUGACGUGUUGCGGAAGAGAACUCAUGAACCAAGUUACCACUGUGUUCCUCCAAAAGAUUCUGGAGUGGAGGAGAAUUAUAAACAGGAAGAAAGCCACAGUCCAUCACCAGGUCAAUGGCCUGCUGAAUACCUUCAGAGGAGAUUUGAAGCUCAACAGUAUAAGUUGAAAGUGGAAAAGCAGUUGGGUCUUCGUCCAUCUUCUGCUGAGCCAAAUCACAACCAGAGACAAGAGCUAAGAAGUAAUGGAGAAGAGUCUAGAUUCCAGGAGCUGCAGAUCAGGAGAAACAAAAUGAAGGAACAGGAAUAUUGGAAGCAGCUAGAGGAAAUACGCCAACAGUACCACAAUGACAUGAAGGAAAUUAGAAAGAAGAUGGGGAGUGAACUAGAGGAGGACUCAAAAAUAAGUUAUAAAACCUAUUUAGUGAAGAAAAGUGACCUGUCCGUGACCCAAGAAGCACCUCAGGAAGAAGUUCCUGUACAGGAUAUUGAAAGAGACUUGAAACAAAUUAGAGUUCAGACCAUAAAGGAAAGAAACAUUCCAGAACAGAACUGUAAAGCUAAGAGAGGAGUGAAAUUUGAAAUUAGUUUAAACCAAUGUAUUUCUGAUGAAAAAACCCUCCAAGAGGAAGAGGUAACGGAUGUGCGAAAUGAAACUUUGACCUUUGAGGAUGACAUGAAGCUUAAGGAAUAUGAAGAUUAUACAGACAAAGCAUUUGAAAAACUCUGUUGUCCAGAAGCAGAGUUGUUCAUUCAAGAUACUGGUGUGGCUGCAGAGAACAGGAGACAGUGGGACGCACGAGCUCCUCAGACUCUCCUGGAGAUGAUGGCAGCCGGUGACAUGACCUCCACCUGUUCCACUCUGCUGGGCGGGGAAUCUACACUCGUUCAGUGUGGCCAAGGGAUUGUGACUGAAGGCGUUCCAGAAAAUAGGAAACAGUGGCGGCACGAAGUGCCAGGAGCUUUAAUGAACGCUUUGGCUGCAGCACGUCUAACAAGUAGCUCAUUUUCUGCCAACGAAGGAGAAUUGGUGGGAACAUUAAAACAGUGGCUUCCUAGAGAAGAUGAGGGAAAUGUGGGAAUGGUCCCUGGCAUUGAAGUAGAUGAGGAGCAACCAAGAUCGGACGAUGAUGAUACAAAUUUUGAAGAAUCUGAAGAUGAGUUGAGAAAUGAAGUAAUAGAAUCCCUAGAAAAACUUGCUACUUCUAAAGAGGAAGAAAACAGAGAAGAGUCUCCUGGUUUUUCUAAGGGUGCUGGAAAGUUAGGAGGAGAGGAGAUAAGCAUACAGAAAUAUGCAGAAUUCAGUGAAGGUUUAGAGAAUAUCUCUACUCGAGCUAAUGACAAAGUAUGCAUUGCUGAUGAAAACCAAGAAACAUCAACAACCCAUCAAAAUGUAUAAGUGUGAUUAUUGUACUUUUUCUUAAGUGAUAAGUUAGUAUCUAUUAGGUAUAGUGUCUGGGCACAAGUCAUUAAUAUUCAUUCUGUAAGAGUUUUCCAGUCAUCCCAGGGGUUUAUUAAUUUUUCUCCCAAUUUAGACAGUAAGGCUGACUAAUUUGAGUAUAGAAAUUAAUAUUUUUACUUUAAAAUUUCUACCAAGAAAUCUUUCAGACAGUAGAUGUGAUAGGCAGAGUAAUGAGUCUCUCUUCCUGCCACCCCGCAGCACACCCAGUGAUGUGAAUAUAUUGUUACAUGGUAAAGGGGAAUUAAGGUUGCAGGUGGAAGUAAGGCUGCUACUCAGCUGACCUUCAAAUAGGGGAGGGUGUUUUUGAUUACCCAGGUGGGCCCAAUGUAAUCAAAGGGUGUUUAACAGCGGAAGGAGGCAGAAGAGAGAACCAGAGAGAUGUCAGGGUGAGCGGGGAUGAGCCUGGUGCUGCCGCCUUUGAAGAUGGAGGAACAUGCCAUAUGCCAAGGAAUACAGGCAGCUUCUAGAAUCUGGGAAAGGCCAGGCCAUGGACUUUCCCCAGAAGCCCGCAGAGGGAACACAGUCUUGCUGACAUCUUGAUUUUGGCUUCUGGAAAUCCACUUUAGACUUCUGACCUACAGAAUUGUAAGAUAAUAAAUUUGUGUUGUUUUAACUAAAUUUGGUAGGUUUAAAUUUGAUAAAUUUAACUAAAUUUGUUAAGACAAUGGUAGAAAACUAAUACAAUGUACAAACAAAUUCAUUUAGAAUAAUCUGCCAUUAUAGAAAACUGUGAUUUGAGGAUUUCUGAAGUCAUACGGAAUACACUUUUUUGAAGCUGAUGUUGACACUCAAGAGAGUAGGGUAAUUGAGCAAAGAGAGGAUCAAGGCCCAUCAUGUUAAUUACGCACCAAAUAUUCAUUUUAUUAUGUUUUAUUGAAUUAAUUUCUAAUAGCUUCAAAUGUAUAGAUUAUAAGCUUCUUGAAGGCAAGAAGCCACCAUCUUACAUCUUAUAUCUUACUUAUAUCGUACACUGAUCUUUUUAUAUAUGGUGCUUAGCAGAGAACAAUCCCAGUGUUGAACAUGUGCCUGGAGUUUAAUAGAUAUUUGUUGAUUUAUUGUGUUGCUUCUAUGAAGGACAGAGUGGUUAUAAUUCUAAGUGGUAGAAUUCUCCCUGAAAUAGAUGCUCUGGAAUAAAAAUAAAACUGAAAUUACACAUUAAUACAUUGCUAAGCCAAUGAAACAAGGAUGAGGAGGGGUUGGCCAGAAUAUUUCUAAGGUCUGCUUAGUGUUUACAUUUGAUAUAAUUUUAUUAAAUGUGGGGAAAGUAUCAAGAUUCCCCUAACUGUCGGAUGCAUCCUGUAUUUUCCUUGGUGAAAGUUCCUUUCAGCUUGGUGUAUAGGGUUUCAAGCUGCUCUUUAAGGGAGAUGGCUCAGUAUGGUCACAUCAUGAGGCUGAGAAUAUUUAAACAUUUCUUACCACUGUUAAUUUCAACCGUGGUAACACAUGACCCCGAAAGAUUAAAGCAUCAUUAAUCCUACUGACUCUUACUGGUCAGCGUAUACGUGUUUUACUUUUGGAACAUUAUGUGGUUAAGGCAUAAUAAAUCUGUUAAUAUGCUUCAUUUAA